CUAAUUUUGGAUUCCCCCUCACACUUUUCACUUUCCCUCUCGCUCGUUUUGUUUCCCCCUCACUCGUUUUCUUUCCCCUCUCAAUUGAGCCGCCAAAAACAUCAAAGCCCUAAGGUCUCACUCAUCGUUCGUUCCUCUGUGCUCAGAUUCGGUGUUGGUGGUGGCCUUCUCGCAUUCAACAUCACUGUUUGGAGGCCAGGUAUGCCUAAAGCAAAGAGACAUUCUCGCAGUACUUCUUCUUCAACAACAACACCCCAACAAUCUGAUUUUGCACGUCACAGCGACCCUAUAUCGCAGCAUGUUUACCAUGUGCAGCAGCUUAGUGAGUCUAUACCACAUCAUAGUGAGCCUAUACCGCAGCAUAGUGCACCUAUAAUCAAUGAGGUUCAAAAUCAACAGCCCACACAACGUGCUCGAAAGUUUACAAAAAAAUGGGACGUGGACCUUAUUGUUUACUAUGGGAUGAUGAAGUAUGAUCUUCCAGGAGGUAGGAAAAUUGUUGUACUAUGGGAUGAGUUUGGUCGACCUGUUGGAAAUGCUGCUGGACUUUUGGGAGUAUUUUUAGGGGUACUUGCAUCUAGUGCUAAUAAAUUACCAAUCACCUAUGAGAGAUGGCCAGAUGUUUUCGAUAUACACAAGAAACAGGUUUGGGCUACCAUAAAGCAAAAAUUUCAAGUCAAUGAGGAUGGACAUAAAAAACUCAUACUGGAAAGUCUUGGGAAGAAAUGGAGGGACAAUCGUAGUAGAAUGUUUGUUUUGUUGAAUGUUAUGAAGAGAAACAAACUUGGGAAACAAAUCUUCAGGAAUGCCCUGAAGGUGUUGCGUUGGAUCAAUGGGUCUCUUACCUACAGUAUAAAUUGUCUGAGAAAGGGAAGUCUUAUUCUGAGAAGAACACUACUAACCGACGCAAGCAGAAGAUCACUCAUACACUUUGGUCCAAAUCUAUUGCAAGGAAACAAUAUGAGUUGGAAACUCAAACUGGUAGACCAUAUAGUAGGUUAGAAAUGUACAUUAUUGCCCACAAGAAGAAAGAUGGAUCAUUUGUGAACGAAGAGGCUAGACAACAGAUUGAACAACUUGAAAGGGAAGUUGACAACAAUGCUUCUGAAGAAGAUGCAUUCACAACUGUAAUUGGAAAAGAGCAUCAUGGAUAUGUACGAGGCAUGGAUUUCGGUGUUUGCCUCUCUAAAGUCUUCAAAGGUUUUGGGAGUA